AUGGCUGCCGCGGUGUCUGUGAGCGCAGCUGCCCGGGACCAGAGCCCGGACCCGGGACCCAGCUUCGCCCCUCGUCCGCUCACCGACCACCAGGACCCGGAGCCCGAGAGCUGGAUGACCGGGGGGGACCACCACCGGCGAGGUCCCCCCGAAGCCGAGGCCGACGAGGAGGAGCCGCGGCCGGGACGCGAGUGUCAGCGGCGGGUGGACGAGGACCUGACGUCCCUGAGCCCGGAGGAGGUGCAGAGCCGCCUGGAGAGAACCCGCCGGGAGUUCUACAACCGGAGGAAGAUCAUCAUCAAGAACCUGCCGUCCGACGUCAGCAACCAGGAGGUCCACGAGCUGCUGUGCAACUACGACCUGAAGUACUGCUUCGUGGACAAAUACAAGGGAACAGCGUUUGUGACUCUUCUCAAUGGAGAACAGGCCCAGUGUGCCAUCAUCGAGUUCCACCAGCAUGUGCUCCGGGACCGGGAGAUCUCCGUGCAGCUGCAGCCGACAGAUGCUCUGCUGUGCAUCGCCAACCUGCCCCGGGCCUUCACCCAGCAGCAGUUUGAGGAGCUGGUGCGGCCCUUCGGGAACCUGGAGCGCUGCUUCCUGGUGUACAGCGCCACCACCGGGCAUUCCAAGAGCUACGGCUUUGUGGAGUACAUGAAGAAGGACUCGGCAGCCAGGGCCAAGUCCGAGCUGCUGGGGAAGCAGCUGGGCUCCCGCAUGCUCUACGUCCACUGGACCGAGGUGGGCUCCCUCACCUACCCGCUGCUGCACUCCAAGUGUCUGUGCGUGGACCGCCUCCCCCCGAACCUGCUGACGGCCCAGGACCUCCGCAGCGCCCUGGCCGACACGCACGCGCCAGUCUUCUGCCAGUUGGCUCAGGGACAAGAUGGAAGUUUUCGCCGGUUCGCAAUUUUGGAGUUUGCCACUGCCGAGAUGGCGGAAGAGGCACAGCGACUCUCUGACGUCAGGCUGCUCGGCGGGACACACAUCCGGGUGUCCUUCUGUGCCCCCGGCCCUCCUGGAAGAAGCAUGUUGGCUGCUCUGAUUGCUGCCCAAACCAUGGCUGUGAACCGGGGUAAAGGUCUCCUCCCUGAUCCCACUGCCAUGCAGAUACUCACCGGCCUGAAUAACCCAGCCACCCUCAAGAUGCUGCUCAACCCUCUGUCACAUGGCCACAAACAAGGCCUCCUUGGGGCCGCCCCCACGAUGCCCCUGCUGGCCAACCCCGCCCUCUCCGCGGCCCUGCUCCAGCUGCUGCUCCAGAGCCAGGCCAAGGCUCAGCAGCAAGCCUUUCUGGGAAAUCAUCUUCUUUGGGCUCAGGUGCUGCACAAUAAAGAAAACCCCCUAGGGCCUUGUGCUGGACUCAUCGGGGAGAAUCCUCUGGCUGCUCUGCCCGGCCAGCAGGGAGUCCAUCUGCUUGGAGACCUGCCCCAAGGUUUGGCCUCCGCCGACUCCAGUCUCGGUCUCCAGGCGGAUCCUCUUAAGCCGAUGCCACUUGGCAGAGGCCUCUCGAGGGAUCAGGAGUCUCCCACAGCAGCAUGUACCUUCCCCCAGACUUCCUCUCCCACCCUGCAGGGGAUCUCUAUGCCCAUGAUGGCUGGCAUGAUGGGGGCAGAUGGCCUCACAGCACAAGGGAUAUCCAUACUAGGAGAUCCUCCCAAAGAAAUGACGCAUCCCCAGGGUGCCUUCCUCAGUGUCAACAGUGGUUUUCCAUCAGGAGGAAGCUGCAGACCUCAUCCUUACAGGAAGAGGCCAACACUGAGCAAUGUGUCCAACCAGCCGGCACACCAGAGCAUACAGCCCAAUUACAACCUGCGCUACCAGGAUUCCUACAGCCCUGAAUACCCUCCUUUACACCAGGAUCCUCUGGCCCACUUGUACGAGCAGCAGGAGAACCUCGACACCGGAGCCUUGGCAGGAUUCGGACAGCAGGCUUCUCGUCUGCCUGAAUACACCGAGCGAUUUUCCCACUACGGUUACCCCCCCAACCCAGACCUGUCCUUGUACUACAGCUCAGGACCCGAGGACUCUAGUAACGGGAGCCUCCCCAGCACUCAGCUCAACAGGGCGGUGGGAAUGCCUCCUGUGAGUCACACUUCAAACUAUCCCCCAGGCCUGGACCUUGCUGUGAAGACUCCCAUUGGUAGCCACAAGCGUUUGUUCUCCCGGCUGAUCCCGUCUCCAGAACCGAGCCCAGAGGGGGGGUACGUGGGCCAGCACUCCCAAGGCCUCGGUGGCCAUUAUGCGGACUCCUACCUAAAGCGGAAGCGUAUACUUUAAAUUCAGUUGAAUACUUCAUGCUUUACGGGUAGCCAUUCAAAAGCUAUAGAACACAAUGGCAUUUCCUCCAAUUAACUUUGCAGUCUUUGGAUUUGUCUCAUGUGUACUCUUCUGAGUGACCCCUGGAGGGCGCUGAAGAGUGCGGCCUGUUGCUAUCUGGACGCUCGUGUCUCUCCAUGAGAAUUCUUGGUUGGUUUCUUUUUUUUGUGUAUAUAUAUAUAUAUGA